GCAUCAUAGCAAAGACCACUGUUCAGAGUUGUGAGAGUUCCGACGCUAGGUUCGUUUGAGAGAGAAAUGGUUCUGGCGAAUCGCUCUGCUCACUCAUCGGAGAAAUUAGGGUUAGCUCGUUACUAGAAAGUUCCGAUAUCCGAAAUGGUGAGCGAGAGAGGGGGAGCGGAAGAGCGAGCCGGCGAGGACGGCGACGGGAGCGAUGAGGAAGAUCUGAAGUGGCGCUGCGUUAGACGGAGGAGAGAAUCGAGUGACGGUGAUGAGAGCGUGAGUUCAGCCGGUGCUGCAUUUGGCGAUGAUUCGGACGGUGAGGAAGGAGGAGCGCCGCCGCCGGAGGAUGAGGAGUCGACGUACUACUUCGAUGAGCUUGACGUCGGAGAUGGAGAAGACGACGAACAAGGAAGAGGAGGAGGAGAAGAGGUAGCGGCGGAGAAACGGAUGAGCAGUCAAGGCGAGGAGGACAAGGAGCCGAAGGAGAAACAAGUCGUUGCAGUUCCUAGGCGUGGCGCGUUCUAUAUGCACGACGAUCGAACUGACCGUCGAGGUCGAGGCCGGCAAAACUAUGUGGCGGGAAGAUUGAUUGAACCCCUCGAUGAAGGAAAAUGGCAGCAUGACAAGUUCGAACAGAUACAGGCAUCUAAGGACAAGAAGGAUUCAUCAAGAAUUGUGAAAGGGAGAGGGCCCGUAAAGUAUCCACUCGCCAUACGUUACAGUAGAUAUCCAUCAGAGGAGAAUAAGAAAGAUUGGAAGUCUCAGGAAACAAGAGCAAACUCUGGGAGGGUGCUAGCAGAAGCUUCAAGUCUACAAGUUGGUUCACCUGCAUCGAAGAAGGAAGUGUCUGCAUCUCAUCAGAAUCAUGCAGCAAAAGCUUCAAGUCAACAAGUUGGUUCAUCUGCAUUGAAGAAGGAAGUGUCUGAAUCUCAUCAGAAUCGUGCAGCAGCCGUGGGGAAUCCUACAAUUUCUACUUUCAAUCAUGCCAUCUCCGCAUUAACAAAACGGGAUGUGCAAAAAAUAAGUAAGGAAGGAAACUCUCCCAAAUCUGUCCUAUCAAAGAAUGAUCAAUUCAUGGAAACUGCCACUGCAUCUCCACCUUUGAGGGGUUUGAGUGAUUCUACUGCGAGGGACCAGCAUCCUAGCAAGGAGUUGAUCCGGGAAAAUAAUCUUGAAUGCGUUCAGUGGCAGGGUCAGGGAACUGGUUUGCCAGUUUCACCUCAGCAUACUUAUCAGAAUCCUGCUUCUAACCCAAAUAGAAGUGCUCUGAUGAUAAACAACGGAGUUAUGCCACAAACAUCUUUCAGCAGCUCAAUUCCACCCUAUUUCCAAGGUUACAGUCGGGAGUAUACACUUUUCGGAUCACCAUUUAGAGCUGUUGUGCCAAGUGCAUCCGAAAUUGGGACAUUGUUCAUAUCUGCUGGACUCAACACUGAGUUGAUCCAUCCAGCUGCUAGCCGUCAAGCAGCUUUUCUGCCUCUGCAGCCGGUAAUGACCUGGGCAAAUAGUCCUCAAUCUCUUCAAUGGAAUGGUCAGGGAAUUCCUUUGUCUCCAUCGCAUCAUGCUUAUCAGUAUACUGCUUCUAACCAAAAUGGAGGUGCUCUGGUGAUAAACAACCUUGUUAUACCACAAACACCUUUCGACAACUCAUUUCAACCCCAGUUACAAGGUUAUGGUCAGCAGUUGUAUUCUCUUUCUGGAUCACUUGAUGUAUUAGAUAACUCAGAGAUUGCAAUGGCUGGGAGAGAAAGUGGUGCUGAUGGAACCUGUGGAAGAACUUAUUCUGGAGAUGAUACCCAUACCAAUCAGAACUUCACAACCACUGCGAAUCACUUUCCUGUAAACCAAGUUAGGGGUCAGCAUCUUGGCGAGCUUGGAGAAAUCGGAACAACUAAUGCACCUGGAUAUUAUGCUGCUGAACCGAGUUUCGGGAGUUCUGCCUCUGGUUUGGCAAGGAUGCAAGUCUGGCCAACUAAUGCUGGAAGUGUAGGCUCUGCCCAUCCUUCUUCUACCUAUCCGACACCAACCACCAUAGAAUAUGGCCGUGCCUAUUCAACAGACCCAGAAUCUUUUUUAAGCAUGACUGGAAAUGAAGACAAUGGGAGACCUCAUGAGGGUAGCAACCCUAUGGAUGGAUCUGAAAUGCCAAAUACAACACGUGGAGGACACAAGCUUCAAAGGUAUUCGAAUAUGAAUUUCAAUCGAAGCAAAUAGAUCAAAGCCGCAUUAGUGAGUAAGCAGGUCAGAAAUUGGUCCUUUGAACCAGCAUAAUUUUACAUAGAACAUGCAUUUUGCUUCUUCAAUAUGCAACCAGUGUGUUAAAACUUAAAUCCUGCUUCUUUAUAGCUUUUCAAAUUUAAUCGUGGUGGUCGGUUGCUUCAUUUUGUGGCAAUCUUAAAAUGACCCACGUCAUUUCCCCCUUCACAAUGGUAAUUUUGAGGCAGACUACAUACGAGAGCUCUAGAAGUUGGAUUUUACAUGAUGGCUUGCUAGUUUCCAAGUUUACAUUUGAUAUUGAAGUUUAGUGGGUAUUUGGAUUUUUUUUAUUAAAAAAAAAACUUGUGACUAUUUUCAAAUGUUAAUUUAUAGUAAAUGGAAAACCUACAUCUUCUCAACGUUUUCUUAAUUCACAUAUUUCGUGCUCAAAUGCCACAUUUGUGAGAAACUAAAUCUAGAUCACAUUGUUCAAUUCAUAAAUCCAAAACAAUCGUUGUUGAUGACAGGAUACUUGCUGGUUAUCGUCGCAGCUCAAAUGGUUCGACAAUGCUGGUGCACAGACAACUAGAUACCAAAAAGGAACUCAGGGUUACACAUUGUAUGUACCUACAGAGAGGAGAUUUUGUGAUUUCAGGCUUGUGCAGAUAUCUACACAGACUCUUUUGAAGAAGAUGAAGGUAGCUAAAUUGGCUCCCCUAUCCCCAGUUCCCAUACAGAAAUCUUUUGUAAGCACCAACCUCCCUAACUCUCAAUUUCAGGUAUCUUCCUUCAUUUCUGUUGAUCGCCUCGCCUCGUCUGCAUGUCUUUCCAUAUGCUGCCAAGCAGCAUAUAGUUUUGCUGUUUACCAGUCACUGAUCAGAUGAAUGAAUAGAUUAACCUUUGCCAUUUAACAUUCUGGUUCUCUCUCUCUCUCUCGCUCUUCAACUUUGGCUGCUCCUCUGUUGAAAACUUCCAAUCCAUAACAUGGUCAGCUUGUAGACUGUAGAGCCCUUUGUGUUCUGUGGACAACAGCUAUUCUUAAAAGCCAAUAAUCAAAUGCGUUGGCCAAU